AACACGUCGUUGGGGACGAAACAUAUAACAGCCCACAACCCGCUUCGCGGCACUUGCUUAUCCUCUGUCGCAAUAACGAACCAUCCUACAGGUAUUUUCUCAGCAACGGGUGUACAUUAAGAAAGCACACUAAAGAACACGGGGAGGGGAUGUGUGUGACAUUUUGACUGAGCGCGUUUUAAACUGCCGCUUGAUCGAUUAUCGUCCCUAAAUCAAACUUCAUCGAUCGCGAUGGCGACCGAGUGCACCCGGGACGCGAUCCAAAGCUUCCUCGCGGAGAGGGGGGGCCGGGUCCCGCACGCCGACCUGACGCAUCACUUCCGGCGGGCCUUCCCGGAGGACGACCCCCCGCUGAGGACCGCGCUCCGCGAGACCUUCAAGACCCACGUGGACGCCGUCGCGUGCGUCAGGGUGGAGGACGGCGUGCGGCUCGUGUGCCUAAAGAAGCGCUACAUGCGCCUGGUGACGCCGCGCGUUGCAGCGGUCGUGGAGGCUGACCCGCGCGUCGCUGUUGGCAACGGGGCAGGGACGACGCGCGCGGAGCCGGCUGACCGACGCGCGCGCAGAGACGGAGAUGGAGACAGGGAGACAAGUCCGUCUGUGCGCGCGAACAGCACGACACAGCCUGGCUCGGAUUACGGAAAUGACAGCCAGGUGAGAGCGAGCGCACCGCCCGUUCCUUAUGUACACAUCUCAUCCGAGAAAACUCCCGCGUCUCCAAGCACCGCGGACACGCACGGGGAGAACGACAUGGGGAACCGGUGGACUUCAAACGGCGGGAAGACUUUAUCGAUUGAGAGGUGCGCGCCGAGGAUCGCCGUGAUUGACGACUCACCGCUCCCGGUGGCGGGCGAAGGCUCCGUGUUCGUCCUACCGGGAAGCCCGCCCGGUUCCGCGUCUCAAGAUACGCUUAGGCACUCCUUAGCGACGGCAGAAGAAUCACAACAAGUCACUUCGGUUGACGAGGACGUGUUUGGACUUGAUGACGGCGGCGGCCAAGUGGAUUCUCCCGACUUCGCGACGAACCGCUCGCCGCAGGCGCUGCGCUCCAUGUCGCAGCGCAACGCGUCUUUCCGCUCGGCGCGGCGUGGCGACGCGGACAGCGACGCCGCAUCGCUUGCGUCGUCGAACGCGGACACGGAUACGGACGACGGUUCCUCCUCCGUGGCGGCGCUUGACCCGCUGGAGCACGAGUGGAUGAUGUGCGCUUCGGACGGCGAGUGGGAGCGCCUAGUGGCUAUGCUGACCGGCGAACCGUCGCUCGUCCUGCGCAAGGACUUCGUCACCGGCUUCAAUCUCCUUCACUGGGCGGCCAAACGGGGCGACCCGGAGCUGCUCGCGUUGGCGGUGAACUUCGCCAAGCGUCGCGGCGUGCCCGUGGACAUCAACACGCGGUCCAGCUGCGGCUACACGCCGCUACACCUGGCGGCUAUGCACGGCCACCUUGAGGUAGUGAAGCUUCUCGUCGGGGCGUACGACGCGGACGUGGAGGUGCGGGACUACGGCGGCCAGAAGGCGGCGCAGUACCUUGCGAACGGCGCCGCCCUGGACAUACGUGAUAUUAUCGGCGCGUUUGACGACGGCGGGGAAGAGGAUGCAGUCGAUGGCCGGGAGGAAGGUGCUCGCUGGAGCUUCCUGCCGCACCUGAGGCCCCUGCGGAUGCCUGGCGAAGGGGAGACCGGGGCCCGGGCGAGGGUGAAGCCAUUGCGGAGGAUGUCGUCGCUGGGCCGUGUUAAACCGAGGCUCCAGAAGCUACGGGACAGGACGUCACAGAUCGUCCACAGCGCUUCGUUUCGUGAGCUGGGCGUUGGCCCGGCCCGACCCAGGUCUGAGUACGUCCCUGGACCGGAAACGGCGCACUAAACAGUGGGGGACUGGAUGGAUGGAAGGUGAUUCGGGGGGGAUUCGGGGUCGGAAUCAGUAAAGUACAAGCUCAGAGUGCAGGGUCUAACUCAGGGUCCUGAUCAGUCAAGUACUAGUACAAAGUGCAGAAUUGAAAUCAGUAAAGUUCCAGCUCAAAGUGCAGGAUUUAAAUCAGUAAAGAACAAGUUUCGAAAUCAGUGAAGUGCAAGCAUAAAGCCCAGGCAUGAAAUCAAAGAACUGAAUGAAAUCACAGCUCAAGUGCGGUUCUUUUACAGAAAAUAGGCCAGAUUAUAAACAGCGUUUCCAGACACUGAUUAAUAUAACUCUUGGAAGUUAACCUUGCUGGAUUCUGCGGUAUUAAGCACUGACUGAUUUGAUGGCACAAAGCAGGUGGAGGGAGGGGAAAUGAGGUCAAAAUCAGGGUCGCAAUCAGUAAAGAUCCACAGCUCAGUGUUGUUCUUUUACAGAAGAUAGGCGCGAUUAUUAAAAAGCAUUUCCAGACACUGAUUAAUCUAGCCUACAGGCUAGAUUAGGGGACGAAAACCUAUAGGACGAAAACCUGCUAUACGAUUCUUAAGUAUUAAGCACCUUUUUGAGUUUGACGUAUGGGGCACCUCACACUAGUGAGGUCACUAAGCAUCUUAAUGUGCUCGGGGGGUGGGGGCAGGAAUGUCUUACUAUCCCUAAAAAGACUCUUGAAUGUCAGGCAAAGUAAAUCAUUGUUAGCCCCUGACAAAGACCCCUUUUCUGCUGCUUUUCGAUGCUGUUUUGGACUGGGUUUCUUAUGGGAUUUCCCGAUUUGGAUUCAAAAUGAACGCCACAAGUUUGUCAGGUUUCUGCUGGCUCUCCUGAGUCCAAAUUCUCCCAAGCAUGUGGAGGACUUUGAGCUAAGGCAAAGCCUCUUUCGCCUAAUCCACCGCCACAGAGUUCGACUGUACCAGGGCCAAGUAUGGGAAGGGGGGAGGAGGAGGGAGAGGAGGAAGGGGGAGAAAGAUAGUUUACUUGUGCUCACUUUAAGAAAAGGCGUGGUCGUUCAGGGAUUAAACUGGUCGGACGUGCUGCGUCUUGUUGCUGGGAGGGGAAGCAAUGCCUGGAAUAUCUUCUUCUUGCGUCAACCUGAUGUUUGACCUGGUUACCGACCCUUUCUGAGUCCUGUUUGUCGAACUUUGAGUCAAUUUUACAAUUGAUUCGACGCACUCGUUAGGUAAUUGCUUUUAUUCGAAUUGCGCUCUUAAUUUAAAAACUUCUAGGAGUUUUUUUACUCCUUUUUUACGCCUUGAUUUUUUUGUCGAUUUAACUUAACUUGUUUUUCUUUUGAUUGUAUUGCGCUCUUAAUUUGAAAACCUUGAAUGUGUGCUGCUUGGUGAUGGUUGCACUUUCUCGUCACUUUUUUGAAGUGGGCGAACAUAAUGCAUAACAUGAUACAGGGGAAUUAUAGUGUUACACAUUUGUGUUUUUUUUUUUGUGUUGACUUAUAUAGUGCACCUUUGCACAGCUUUUUUUUACACUAAAGGGGUUGUUUGCAUUGUGUUUACUGUUUGCAUUAGUUUUUCAUUUACAUUUUAGGCGUUUUAGCAGACUAAAACGACAAUAUAUCUGUCAGUACAGUAAGGAUCAUGUUAAUAGAGCCAAGUGCCAAGCACUAACUAUCACUAGGUUAACCAAUUCCCUGUAUACAGCAAAGAUAGCUAGGAUAAGGUGCCACACAAUGCUAAGUACUAUAACUAAGUACGACAUACAAUAAGUGUAUACAUUAAGUGCCAGGACGUACAAACGUACAAUAAGUGUAGGAGGGGUGGGAGUGGUUGGCUAUGCAGAGUCUAGUGAACUCUGAACAAGUGAGUCUUAUUUGUUGUAGUUUUAAUGUUUAUAUCUUGUACCUAAGCACUAAAAACACUGUUAAUGGGUGUCUUUUGAAAAGCUAUGCAUAUUACGGAACCAUCAUUAUUUUACGCCAUACAUCUCAAGCUACACAUUAAGUUUUAAUCGUAGAUUUAUAGGUUGUACUGGUAACGGAUUUCAAAAGCAAUGCAUAUUAAGGAACCAUCAUUCCUUUAACAUGAGCUACAAGUUUUAUAGUAGAUUUAAAUCGUUGGCCUCAUAUACUGUACUGCUAAUUUAUUGAUUAAUGACAAUGAUGCAUAAAUAAUUAUAUUUAAGUCUAACCUGCACAUCUCUAGGGCUGGAUCCCAGUACGUGUGUUUGAUGUGUAUACUACUAUGCAAGUAUUGGUGGGGAGGGGCUUGUGGCCAUUUUGAAUGUUGAAUGAUGCCGUUAGCCGUAGAGCUAACAUAACUAACGAGACAGAUCUAACGUUGAACUGACUAAUAAACUCCGUGUACACGUUA